AUGACUAGUCGUUCUAUUUUACCACGUCUACCAUUGUCUCAUACUUUUUCUCCUUUUUUUGAAAAUAGAAGAUUUUUUGAAGAUCUUGAUUUUGAUAGAAGUUUUAGUAGACCUUAUUGGCAUGAUAAACCUUUAUUAGAAAGUCAAAAAUUUGGUGAAGGAUAUGAUGAAAUAAAAGUUUCUGAUGAUUCAUUUUCUUUAAGUUUUGAUGUAUCACAUUUUGAACCAUCUGAACUUAAGGUUAACAUAAUAGAUGGUAAUGUUGUUAUAGAGGGAUGUCAUGAUGAAAAAAUUGAUAAAUUUGGAUCUAUAAAAAGAACCUUUGUUAGAAAAUAUGCCUUACCUCAAAACAUUGCUGAGGAGGAUGUUAUCAGUGAAUUGUCAAAAGAUGGAAUCUUAACUAUUGAAGGAAAGAAAAAAAUGGUUAAUGAAGGAAAAAUUAGAAAUAUUCCAAUUAACAGAAAAUAA